CCUAGUAGCACAAGAGCUGUUCAUUCACCAUGAUGGCUGUUUUGGUCUCUUCAGGGGCUUUGCUCCUUGUUCUGCUGACUGGUGCAAGUUACAGCUACCCUACUAAGAAAAGAGGAGGUUUUGAUUCCAGCGCCUCCUAUAGCGGUAACUACGGUGCAAACCCUGGUUCUGCUUCUACUGGCUCUUACUGGGAAGUACCAUCUUCUAAUGCUUUUGCACCUGCAGCUCCUGGUUUUGAGGUUGCCUCUGAAACUGCUGUGGCUCCAGCUCACCCUGGAACUGCUCCAGGCAGUGGGCCUAAUUACUAUCAACCCAGUGUUCCGAAUCAACCAACAGCUUCAUACAGCUCUAACUCUUUUGCUCAACCUGCUCCAUCAGGAUCUGUUAGCAGCUUCCCUGCAGGCUUAGCACAGCCAAGUUCUUUCCAGCCUGCUCCUAAAGACAUUGCCUGGGUAGUUGCUCCUCCUCAUCCUUUCUCUGGUGAGGAAGCUUCUGAAAGACCUGAAGCCAGCAGCUUUGUCUCCAGAAAACCGGCCCCUGCCCCACUUGGCCCUAGCAAUGUGAGCCCACCUGGCCCUCCUCCUCCAGUGUUCCAGGCAGGUGAACUUUCCCAUAUGGAGAACAUCUAUGAGCAUGGCAACUUUGAAUCUGAGACAGAAGACACAGGCUUCCAGCCACCACCUCCUGGUGUCCAAGUUUCAGCUGAACAAGGCUUCACUAGUGAACCUCAGCCAUCAGGUCUAGGCAGAGGUUUGGUUGGGUAUCCUCAUUAUGACUACAUGUUCUUGACGGGCCAGUAUCCUCCGGGCACAGUCACUCACUACAGCAGCAGCUUUGAGCAGGGGAGGGACCACUGGCAAGACGCUCACUACAUAAAGUACCACUACCCCUCCAGCCCCAGUACUCAGCAGGUCAAGAUCUUCCCAACUGAACCUGCAGCCCCUCAAGUCAUGAAGCAGCCCAGCCAACCUACACAGCCACGUCGGUUUGUGCAACCACAUCUGAGUAGCCCAGGAGCUGGAUACAACACGCGCACAAGGUUCGACAUUAAAGCAUGAAUCCCUGCAGAGAAGUCUUCUGAAUUCAAUAAAGAUCUGUGGAAAUCUUA